AGGUCCUCACAGGCUAUGGGGGGGCCCUUUGAGUCUCACUCCAACAGAAGGGCAAAGGCUUUGAAGGGCUUUGAAAAGAGGAGCAAUCGUGACCCGCGCCUCCCCGGAGUCCAGCGGGCCUGCAGGUGGCCCUGCAGAGUGCAGCAAGAUGCUUCGGGCUCAUUUUGUCCUUCCUGUGUCCCAGCCGUGGAAUUAGCCAUUUCUCUAAGGAACCCUGGUUCCCUUUGGACGGCGGUGAAACUGCAGAACCCAGACACUGAAAGGCUGAAGAAAAUCUCACAGAAAAUCCUAAAUUUACAGAAGGUUUUGCAGGUGAAGUGUGGAAACCUAAAAUACUAUCAGUCACAUCUCUAUAGUACAGUGGUGCCCCCUGAUGAAAUAACAGUUAAUUAUAGACAUGGCCUUCCCUUGAUAACACUUACUUUGCCAUCCAGAAAAGAGCGCUGUCAAUUUGUGGUCAAACCAAUGUCUUCAACAGUUGGUUCAUUCCUUCAGGACCUACAAAGUGAAGAUAAAGGUGUCAAAACUGCGGCCAUCUUCACGGCAGAUGGCAGUGAAAUACCAGCUUCAACCUUGAUGGAAAUUUUGCUAAUGAAUGAUUUUAAGCUUGUCAUUAACAAAAUAAUGUAUGAUGUACAGUGCCCCAGAAAAGAAAAACUGAGUAUGGAGCAUGCUGUGGAGAUGGACAGUGUGAGAUCCUUGGUUCACAGACUCUUCACAGCUUUGCACUUAGAAGAGUUUCAGAAAAAGAGAGAGCACCACUUACUGGAGAGAAUUGACCACCUGAAGGGACAGCUGCAGCCUCUCGAACAGAUAAAAGCUGGCAUCGAAGCUCGCUCAGAAGCCAAGACGAGCGGACUUCUGUGGGCCGGGUUGGCGCUGCUGUCCGUUCAGGGCGGGGCGCUGGCCUGGCUCACUUGGUGGGUGUAUUCCUGGGACAUUAUGGAGCCAGUGACAUACUUCAUCACAUUUGCAAAUUCCAUGGUCUUCUUUGCAUACUUUAUUGUCACUCGACAGGAUUAUACUUACUCAGCUGUUAAGAGUAGGCAGUUUCUUCACUUCUUCCAUAAGAAAUCCAAGAGACAACAUUUUGAUGUGGUGCGGUAUAACAAGUUGAAAGAAGACCUUGCUAAGGCUACGGAGUCCCUGAAACAGGUAACCAGAGUUGUGUCAUCUUUGCCUAGAGCGCCAGGCAGUGCCCAUGAGGUGAACUGAGGGGCAGUUGUGUAG